GUGCCUACAUUUGAACGCUAAUCACAUUUCAAAUGAAUUGAAACAAAGGCACUGGGAAAUGUUUUCGUGUAUUUAAAUGGGGCUUAUCAUUCACUCCUCGUGCUUUGUCGCUUUAUAUUUUGAAAGCCGGAAAGGCGGACAUUCAUUGUGGUUGUACCUUGACGGACAUCUUGUUCAGUUCGCAGGUCGUUUUUACACAAGGUGUUUUGUCCACCUGCAGAUGACGGAGAUAAGAUGGACGGUGCGGUCAUCACUGCUGGUUCUUCUAGCAGUCCUGCAGCUCGGCGGUGCACCGGCCCGCAGUGCCCCCGGUGUCGGGCAGGUGUCUGAGGCCGACAUCCAGCGUCUCCUUCACGGCGUCAUGGAGCAGCUGGGCAUCGCUCGGCCCAGGGUGGAGUAUGCGGCCCACCAAGCCACCAACAUCGUAGGACCCCAGAGCAUCCAGGGUGGUGCUCAUGAGGGGUUGCAGCACCUUGGUCCUUAUGGCAACAUUCCCAACAUUGUGGCUGAGCUGGCAGGUGACAACGUUCCCAAAGACUUCAGUGAUGAUCACAGCUACCCGGACCCACCAAACCCUUGUCCCCUAGGAAAGACAGCAACAGACGGGUGUAUGGAAAAUGCUCCAGACACCGCUGAGUUCAGCCGUGAGUUCCAAAAGCACCGACACCUGUAUGACCGAGGAAAUGAGUACCCAGCGCUGAUGAAGUGGAAUAAGGAACUUCUGUACCAAAAACUAAAGGGAGGACCAAAGCGAAGAAAAAGGAGUGUCAACCCAUACCUGAUGGGCCAGAGGCUGGAUAACGUGGUGGCCAAGAAAUCAGUUCCCAACUUCUCAGAGGAAGAGGAGGAUGAGGCAUCAAGCAUGCCUACAAGCACCAAAUCCACAAAUUAAAACAGCAUCUACUACAAAAGCCGGCAUUCACGUGAAACACCUAUAUUUACAUUUUUUUGGUUACCACAGAAGCAGUCAAACAUUUUUAAAAAAUGUGUUGAAUGUUCUGCAACGUGUUAGUUGGCUAGGAGAGUGUUUAUAUUAAAAUAUCAUGUAUGUAAGUUCAAAUACAUCUCUCCUUUAGUCUUAUUUAUGGGGAUGAACAUGAUACACUUUUUUUGGACUAGAAAACAAGACAAAUAUUACCUUUGAAUUCACGUUUCACUGCUUGAGUGCUCAAAAGAUGAGAUUAUUUCUACAGCGGCUGUCCAGAGAUUAAAAUAAAAAGUACGGCUUUCAAUUUUUUGUACUGUAUGUCUUCAAAAGGGCCUCUGUGUCUUUAAGGUCCCAUUACAAAUCAUAUUUCCACUUUGCUGUGUUAUGCACAAUUAAUCCCAACACUUUUUUUGUGCAGGUGAAUCCUUUUGCAUGUUGUAAAAAAAAAAAAAUCUGUAUUUUGUUUGUUCCUGUCUUAUAAAAUAAAUAUCUGCAUUGACAA